UCUUGGCUGACGCGGUCGCGGCGCUCGCUGCCUUGGCGUCCGCAGCCCUGAGCCUGUUAUGGUCAUACUUCUGAAAGCCCUAAGACAUAAUUCCAUAGUUCCUGAAGUUUGUGGUUACUGAAGAUUAUGGUGGCCCAUCUCUUCUUUACUAGUUAGUCUGUUCAUAGAAGUAGUGAUAUGUGGGAUAUUCGUGUGUGUUCCACUCUGUUUAUGAGUAUGUGGCAUUUUUAAUGAUUAUUAUUGUUGCCCAUAUAACUGCCACCAAAAUGCCAAAUUUUCAUCGCCAUGAAGAAGAGAAGUUCUUUGUAAAUGCUGAAGGGAAGAAGGAAUCUAUACCAAGCAUACAUGACCCUCCUACAAAGGAGCUCUCUGUUGUCGUGCCUUCAUACAAUGAGGAAGACAGGUUGCCUCUUAUGAUGGAUGAAGCAUUAGACUAUCUUGAAAAAAGACAGAAACGAGAUCCUGCAUUCACUUAUGAAGUAAUAGUUGUUGAUGAUGGCAGUAAAGAUCAGACCGCAAAGGUUGCAAUGAAGUACUGCAAGAAAUAUGGAAGUGACAAAGUACGAGUCCUAACAUUGGUAAAAAAUCGGGGAAAAGGUGGAGCUGUCAGAAUGGGUGUCUUCAGCUGUCGAGGGAUAAAAAUCCUUAUGGCUGAUGCUGAUGGAGCCACAAAGUUUGCAGAUAUUGAAAAAGUAGAAGAGGGUCUUAGAAAUCUCCAGCCAUGGCCAGACCAGAUGGCUAUUGCCUGUGGCUCUCGAGCCCAUUUGGAACAGGACUCAAUAGCACAGCGCUCUUAUUUCCGAACUCUUCUCAUGUAUGGGUUUCACUUCCUAGUAUGGUUCCUCUGUGUCAAGGAAAUCAGGGACACACAAUGUGGGUUUAAAUUGCUAACCAGAGAAGCGGCCUCACGGACUUUCUCAGCUCUUCAUAUAGAACGCUGGGCAUUUGAUGUGGAACUUCUCUACAUAGCUCAGCGCUUGAAAAUACCAAUAGCAGAGGUUGCUGUCAACUGGACUGAAAUUGAGGGUUCGAAGCUGGUUCCCUUUUGGAGUUGGCUGCAGAUGGGCAGGGAUCUUCUUUUUAUACGACUGAGAUAUUUGACUGGUGCCUGGCAUCUCGAAAAAAGCAAAUCUAAUUAGUUAUUUACAUUCCCCAAAUGCAUUAUUACACAUAAUGGAGCAUGGGAACUAUUUCAGUGAACUAAAAUGUUGAAGAAAGGUGAGGUAACUCUUCAUUGCUGCUGUUACGUACUGCAUUUUUGCAAUAUACAUAUAUUUUAUAAGAUUGCCAAUAGUCAAAUGUUUCUAUAAUCUGAAAGAAAAGGCAUCUUUAAAAGACAUACGUUUUGAUCCCAGCAUCUGUUUUUUCUUUUGUUCGUAGUAGCUUUAAAGGUUCUUGCAUAAAUUCACCCAAAUUAAAUAAACAAACCUAUUUUUGUCUCACUGUGCACUUGAAAUUCCUGUUAAUGCACAUUUAAAUGGAGCCCCAAUCCCAUGAUGUGCAAUAUUGUGGAUGACCAAAGCUCUUUUUGUUUCUGUGUAUUUGAACACACAGAUACGUUGUGAUUUGGAACUGGUAAUAGUGGUAUUAAAUUACUUGUAUGUAUUUAGGCUAUUAUUUUAAAUCUUUAAAUAGUAUAGCUGGUAUUAAUGGAUUUUACUGUGUUAUACAACUAAUGUGCUGUUUUUCUGAGAACUCUUUCAGUAAUCUCAUAACAUUCCAAUUGUAAUCUGUUUUGACCUGCAGUUUAUAACACUUAAAUCUGAGAUUUGACUUCAUAUUCACUCCCCAUGGACCAUAAAAUUUCCAAAAGAAAGUACAUUUAAUUUUAAAAUGCUGUCUUUUUUACAGUUAGAUACAAUGUGUUGUGUGUGUAAAGUAUGUUUGGGUUUUAGCCAUGAAGCUCAUAAACUUUCAGCUUUAAGGGCUGGGCUUUCUAUUGAUAAAGUAUCUCAACCCAUCAUGCAGCAUAACUUUAACAUGGCUAUGUCAAAAAUACUCAUUUCCGAUUGCCGAACAAGUAAACCAGUUUCCUGAACCCACUGUAAAGGGUAAUACAUUUCCCACUUUGGGAAGAAGUUGUUCCCAUGAGCUUGUUUAAAGCAAAGAAAAUAGUGUGCAACCAGUUGUACCUUCCAACAUGUUACAUUGGAAUCUGUCUUUUCUCCAUUUACAAGUUGUUAUAUACUUCUAGGAUUUGGUUCCUGUUAGAGUUACCUCAGUUUUGGAGGAAGAAGUACUGAAAUAAAUUCUCAAUGAACAUGUUCA